UGAACACGCCACGGUCACAUUGGGAUUGGGUUAACUCUGAAGUCAGUGAUAAUAUAAGAUACAUGCGACGCAAUAAAAUGCAGUUAUGUACUCCAAGAAAUUAGCACGAUUAGCUUUUGGGCUGUUAGCAGAAUCUAAGUUUAAAUGCCCGUUAACCCGAAGCGCGUCCUCGAGAGUGAACGCAGUGCGGUCUGUGUGCAGCUGGACGGUGUGUCUGCAUCACAGACAGAAGAAUCAGCUGUCAGAAGGUUUCUCCCGCAGAUUGACCUGUAGAAAUGUCCGCACGGUAUCCCAGACUACUCUCGACCCCAACGAAGUGCGGAAGUUUCAGGCCAUGGCUAGUAAAUGGUGGGACUUGCAAGGAGAGUUUGCUGCCCUGCACUCCAUGAAUGACCUGAGAGUGCCUUUUAUCCGGGAUAAUUUGUUGAAUGUGCAUGGCAUCCAGGAGCUGGGCAAACCUCUGGCUGGACUGAGAAUUCUGGAUGUUGGCUGUGGUGGAGGCGUGCUGAGUGAGCCACUAGGGAGGUUAGGAGCAGACGUCCUGGGAAUCGACCCAGUGGAGGACAGUGUGCGGACCGCAGAGCUGCACUCCUCCUAUGAUCCAGAUUUACGGGAGAGAGUUCGCUAUCAGGCCUGCACCCUGGAGGAGCUUGCCGAAGAGGAAGUAGAGGGAUUUCAUGCUGUAGUGGCAUCUGAGGUGGUGGAACAUCUGGCCGACCUGGACGCCUUUGCCAGCUGUUGCCAGCAGGUGUUGAAGCCUGGUGGCUCUCUUUUCAUCACCACUAUUAACAAAACCAACUUGUCCUACGUUUUCGGGAUUUUGGCAGCAGAGCAGCUGUUAAGGAUUGUACCGAGUGGCACUCAUGACUGGGAAAAAUUCAUAAGCCCAGAGGAUCUGGAACGACUUGUGGAGUCUUUUGGUUUCUACGUGGAGGCCAUCAGAGGUAUGAUGUACAAUCCUCUCACAGGAGCGUGGAGCUGGCAGCAGAGCACGGCCAUCAACUAUGCAUUGCAUGCAAUCAAAUGCAAAGAAGAAUUCCAGCCUGGACAGGUCUGGGCUGAGAGUAAGAAUCUGGAUGAACCCGGUCAAACUACAAAUUAUAGUUGAGCCAUUAUAAUGUUGCAUCUGUUAAACACACCCCAUGUCUCAAAAUGUUGCAUAGUGAAGAAUUGCUGAACCAGUAAUAAUCGUUCUUUGCAUUGUAUUCCUUGAUAAAAAAAAAUAAAAAAAAUUCUCUGAGGCAUGAUUCAUAGGACCUCUUUUGUAAAGCUCUUAUUAAGUUGAGAAUUGUAAUUUGAGAUUGAAGCAGUUUUGAUCCACUCAAUUCACUUCAAAGAUUCAUUUACUUGCAUGUUUUUUGGUGUUGGUUGGUUCAUGUCAGAGGUCAAACAGACAAAGAGAAUUAUAUAAUGAUUUUUGACUUUGCACUUAAAAUGUAUAGGUGCUUAAUAAAAUGAAAGCAAUUGUGUCAUAA